GUGGCUCCCUGAGGUCUACUGUGUUCAAGGUUCCUAAGCUGACUCGGUACCGGCCCUGUUGGAGCUCAAACAAUUCCCUGAGGUUGUUUGAUGAUCCUAAACCCGACUACAAAAUUGCGCGAAACUGGGAGUCAGAGCAUACCAAGAAACAAGUACAUCUCCACAAUCCGACAUUCGUUGGCCAAGGUAUUGGAACUAUAAGUGGCGGGACAUCUGGAACUAUAAAUGGGCUCAUUGUUGAAUCUUCAAAGAGAGAGGCACCGGUUCCUGAAAAUCAGGAUUAUAAUAAAGUUCCCAAAAGAGCAAAAAUUGAAGAUUGGUUUCGACCCUGUACUCCGCCACAUCAAAUCUAUUCGCGAAAUGCUUACCCUCAUUGGGUCCAGGAAUGCAAUAACAAUGAAUCAUAUGUUUACGAUGAGUCCUCUGAUUUGGAUAAUGGAAAAAAUCACGGAGAGGUCAAUAAUGAAAUUGACAAUAUUGCUAAUGAAGAUAUAUAUCUUUUAUCUCAAGAGACUCCGCAGAAUAUGACGGAAGUUUAUGCCAUCUAUUUUAGUCUAUUUCUUUUCGAUGCACCCACCAACUUACUAUUGGAUCCGGAUCAAUGCGAACUUUCUUAUCGAGAAAAUUUUGUAAAUCCCACUAUUGUUAAAGUUUUUGACGACAUCAUGUUUUUAAUCAAGGUAAAAACAGGGGAGGUAGAAAAUUUGUCAAACAAAACGCAGAGAAAUGAAACUAGGCAAUAUAAGCAACGGGUUAGCAUUGGAUGUUCCCAAGAUGGGAUAUAUUCAAUUAACGUAAACGCUGUUGUUUUAGAAGUAGGAUUCUUAGAGGUUAUCGGUAAUGCCCUCUACGCUGAUAUCAAAAAAUUAAACAAUGACACUGAAAAAGUGUUGAAGUGUAUGCAAAUUUCUAUUCAUUAUCAACGUCAACAUUAUUUAUCACGUGGGGUUACUGAACAACAAGUAUCCUUUGUUGAAUCAUAUGGAAUUGUCGUCUACC